CCGGUGACAGUGUCUCCUCGUCAGAGCAGCAUGCGGUUUGGAUAUUUUAUCUGUGUGUGCAUCUCCUCAUGGGGAGUGAUUGUGGGCAGUCUGAGGACUCUACCUCAUGUGAUGGAGUACGAAUCAGUGAUACCUCAGAAAGUAAAGGAUGCAUUUCAGAGGACUCACUCUGCACAGCAGACCUACCCUGAUGUAGUCGAGUACUGUCUAACAAUAGCAGGGCAGAAUUGCACUUUACACCUGGAAAAGAACAGAAAUCUUGUGGGGAAAAACUUCUCAGUGACACACUAUACUGAGCAUGGCACACAAGUGACCACCACUCCAGAUGAGGGUCACUGCUAUUACCAUGGCCACGUCGUGGAAGUGGAGGACUCCUCUGCGAGCAUGGAUCUGUGCUCAGGAAUGAAUGGGUUUGUGCGGCUCCAGGACCAAGUCUACCUUAUCGAACCUCUAGCUGGUGCUGAGGCAGGACAACAGGCUGCAAGUCAGAGCCAUGAGGCCGACGAAGAGGGUCUUCACGCGGUUUACAACUACAAACACCUGAGGAGGAAGAGGAGCUCCUGUUCCCAAGGAAACACAACCACCUUCUACGAUCACGGGUCCCGUCCCUCUGGACUGUUCCAGCUCAGCAGCCUGAAAAGCAGGGCCCAGAACAAAGCCCGUACUGGAAAACCCAGGAUAGUGGAGAUGGUUCUGGUGGUUGACAACACAGAGUACAAGAAGUUUGGCAGCAAAAAGGCGAUAGAGGCCCGUGCUCUUCAAGUUGUAAACCAUGUGGAUAAGCUGUAUCGCCCCGUGGGUCUUCGUGUGAUGCUGGUGGGUCUGGAGAUCUGGACAUACAGAGAUCAGAUCGAGGUGAGCUCUGAUCCUGAGGUCACCCUCAUGCGUUUCCUCGACUGGCGUCAGCAGAGCUUGCUGCGGAGGACCAAACAUGACAAUGCACAGCUCAUCACAGCUGUGGAUUUCAAUGGCUUAACUGUUGGUUUGGCAAACACCAAGGCCAUGUGCACCUCCAACUCUGGAGCUGUCAAUGAGGACCAAAACCCCAACCCAGUAGGAGUGGCCUCUACCAUUGCCCAUGAGCUGGGUCACAACCUGGGAUUGUCCCACGAUAACGCACAAUGUAUUUGUGGCUCGUCAACCUGUAUCAUGGCUGAGAGUAUUGGGUUCGUGUACCCAGAGAUGUUCAGCAGCUGCAGUCAGCAGCAGCUCAGCGCCUUCCUGGAAGAAGUAAAUCCUGCUUGUCUGUUAGAUACUCCGUCUACUGAUCGUAUCUAUGGAGGACCAGUGUGUGGGAAUGCCUUCCUGGAGCCUGGAGAGGAAUGUGACUGUGGCACUGUUGAGGAGUGCAAGAAUCCCUGCUGUAAUGCCACUACCUGCAAACUCAAAGCAGGAGCCCAGUGUGCACAGGGAGAAUGCUGUCACAACUGCCAGCUGAGACCAACAGGCACCAUGUGCCGACAAAGAGCAGGGGACUGUGACCUGGCAGAAUACUGCACUGGUUUCUCUGCCUCCUGUCCAGCUGACGCCUUCACCCAAAACGGCCUGCCCUGCAACCGUGGGAAAGGAUACUGCUACAAUGGACAGUGUCCUUCGCAUGAACAACACUGCAAGAGACUUUGGGGACCAGAUGCUAAUGUUGCUGCAGAUGCUUGUUUCUAUAAGGGCAGGAACUGCAGAAAGACCCUGUUUGGCCAGAGAUGUUCAGACCAGGAUCUGACAUGUGGGAAGCUCUUCUGCACAGGAGGCUGGGAGUUCCCAGUCACAUCCAGGAAGUCCAUCAUCACACUAACAAAUGGAGAGACAUGCAAUGAGGCAACUAUGGACCCUAAAGACCAUUACCCUGCAGAUCUGCCAAUGGUACCUACUGGUACCAGAUGUGGCAACAAAAUGGUAUGUUAUGAUAAUCGGUGUCAAGACAUCAAAAACAUCAAGGUGUACGGAACAGAUGACUGCUCUGCCAAGUGCAACAACCAUGGGGUCUGUAACCAUGAGAGGAACUGUCACUGCAACCCAGGCUGGGCCCCACCCUUCUGUGAUGUGAAGUUCUCAGAGCUGCCUGAAGGAACAGAUGUGGUUGUCACUGCUGUGUCAGUGGCGAUAGGCGUACUUCUGAUCCUAAUCCUGGUUAUUGCAAGUUUGACGUGCUGCGUGAGAAAAAGACGUCCAGCAAAAAGACCCCUCCAUUCCACCUCAGGACAGUCCAACCCACUGUUUCAGUCAGGCAAUUCACGGGGCAGCCCUCACAUCAAGCCCACACACAUCAGCCAGCCAACAUUUGUGGAGUCGUCAGCUACUCAAGCCUGUACAGCCCUGUUCUCUGCCACUAACCAGACCCGUGUGGGAGCCAUAGUCCCCUGCAGAGCGGCUCCACAGCCACCCAAGAAGGUGCCAGCUGUCCCUCAGCCAUCAAAGACCGAACAGGCUGUCAGGCCUCCUAUGCCACCACCUGUUGUCCCAUGCAAGCCGGUCUUUUUUGAGGCCAAGCCACUACCUCCAUCCAAACCUCUGCCACCCCUUGGAGCUAAGCCAAUUAUGAAAUCAAAGCCUCCUGUGCCUCCAGCAAAGCCCUGUGGAACGCCCCCUGUACUGAAACAGCUGGCUGUAGAAAAAGCUGCCCUGAUGCCCCCCAGGAAGCCCAGAUGACGGAAGGAACAAUCCAACCUGGUGUUACACUGAGAUCCACCUACUCAGGAAACUGUUUUAGUUCCACUAAGUGUGGAUCGAUUUCGAGAGCCUCUGGGUCUUGAUGAUCCUCUCAGGAGAUGCUGAUGUGGAAAGCAGAACCACUGAAGGGACAGUAACGAUAGUGACUCUUUUUUAUCAAUUGUGGUCUCUCUGAGAAGGGCCGCUGUCUGCAUCUUGUUUAUGUAUCUUGAUGGAAACCUGAGUUUGCGACGGAGCAGAUUCAGCUUUUAAGUGCUAGGUAAAUGACAAAUGGCUAUGCUGCCAGGAUGUUAAGUAUAUGUUUUGUCAUUCAAGGGAAAAUUCUCCUCUUGCCUUUGUCAUGGGAUGUGAAAAAAACUUACUAAGCAGUUUGCACUGACCACUUAUGCUGUGACUGUUACUAACUGUUACCAUUUCCUUUUAUUUCCCAGCAUCAUUUUGGUACUGAUUUCUAAGAAUAGAUUUAUUAAGGGAAUUGUUUUUCAAUCUGGCACUAACAUUGGGCACUUUACAGUGAUUAGCAUAUUGCGCACAACUUCUGUAUUUGCCUUGAACUUUUUCAAGUGACUUAUGCGUGACUUCGAUGAGUGUUGACAUGAUGAUUGAUUGUAAUUCUUUAAGGGAUUUUAUACAGCAUACUCUAUGCAGUGGACCUGAGUCCAUAUCACGCGAUCAGGCUGUCCUAUACCUAUACUUAUAAUUGAGGACUUUUUUCCCCCUCAUUGAUUGCCUUGAUUAUUCAUGAAAGUUUUUCAUCAGUUGCUAUUUAUUUAUGUUCUCUUUUUUUGUUUGUAAAAUGGAGCAAAUAAAUGAAUUAAAAAAUAAAGUAAAAUAAAAAAGAAUGAUCACAAUGACAAAGUCCUCAGAGUGGU